ACCCACAAUUCCCUUUCCUUUCUUUCUGCUCCAGCCGCCCAAGAUGCCGAAGGGAAAGAAGGCCAAGGGCAAGAAGGUGGCUCCGGCCCCCGCCGUGGUGAAGAAGCAGGAGGCCAAGAAGGUGGUGAACCCGCUGUUCGAGAAGAGGCCGAAGAACUUCGGCAUUGGACAGGACAUCCAGCCCAAAAGGGAUCUCACCCGUUUUGUCAAAUGGCCCCGCUACAUCCGUUUGCAGAGGCAAAGAGCGAUCCUCUAUAAGCGGCUGAAAGUGCCUCCUGCCAUUAACCAGUUCACCCAGGCCUUGGACCGCCAAACAGCUACUCAGCUGCUUAAGCUGGCUCACAAGUACAGACCAGAGACGAAGCAAGAGAAGAAGCAGCGACUGUUGGCCCGGGCUGAGAAGAAAGCUGCCGGCAAAGGGGAUGUCCCCACUAAGAGACCACCUGUCCUUCGAGCAGGGGUCAACACCGUCACUACCUUGGUGGAGAACAAGAAGGCUCAGCUGGUGGUGAUCGCACAUGACGUGGAUCCCAUCGAGCUGGUUGUCUUCCUGCCUGCGCUGUGUCGGAAGAUGGGGGUCCCUUACUGCAUUAUCAAAGGGAAGGCCAGGCUGGGGCGUCUAGUCCACAGGAAGACCUGCACCACUGUCGCCUUCACGCAGGUUAACUCGGAAGACAAAGGAGCUCUGGCCAAGCUGGUGGAAGCCAUCAGGACCAACUACAACGACAGAUACGACGAGAUCCGUCGUCACUGGGGAGGCAACGUCCUGGGUCCAAAAUCUGUGGCCCGCAUCGCCAAGCUGGAAAAGGCAAAGGCUAAAGAACUUGCUACUAAACUGGGCUAAAUGUACACUGUUGUUUUCUGUACAUAAAAGUAAUAAAAAUUAUCCUUCA